AUGGCAAUCCACCGCGACAUUGCAGAGGCCCUUCAGAAGGCCGCGAAGCGCCGCCACCGAGACACUGCGCUGCGCAAGGAAGCACAGAAGAAUGCGCUCCUGGCCGAAGACUACCAUACCCUGCAGCAGCAGUUGAACAGCACCCAGUUCAUCCAGCCGCUCGAUGCAGCUACGACCAAGUCGAAUAUUUACUACAUUAAAAAGAGAUUCAUAAGGUUCUGCCAGGCAAACAAGCACGCGCACUGGCGGACGUCUCUGCAGCCGCGGUACAGUGACAAAGGAUUCAUCAUGACCUUCCUUCACUGGAUCUGUGAAACAUACCUUCAGAAAAGACGCAAAAAGUCCAAGAAAAAGACUGUGAACCAAUACUGGCGUGACUUUAAAAUGCUUUAUCGCCGCUGCAACAAGGGCCAGGUGGUCAACCCAAAUCAUUGCGAGGAGAUCAGAAAGUAUAUCAAUACCGAACUCAAGGAAAAGUUUGAUCUAGACGAUCAGCCUGGAGCUAAGCCUGUCCUGAGCGUAGACGACCUUCUUCUGGGCCUCACGCAUCAUUGGUCGCGCGACCGUAGCGUGUUCCCUACCGAGGACGAUCGCCUUGAUCUGCCAACCAUUAUGCUUUUCCAGGCAUAUACAGCAUGCCGACCUGCAGAACUCGUCGAUGGGACAAAAUGCAGAGCGGCUAGCGACCCCAUGCUGGAUGACUGUGACCGCGAGGAUGCCGGUGGUAGUGAGCGGGCUGCGGAUGAUAAGUUAGCGCGAGGUUGCAAGCAGCAACCCCGCAACCCGAGCCCCCCCAACCGCAGCAUGAAGCAAAAGCGGAAGUCGACCAUCAAAUCAGGCUACGAGUCUGAGUCUGAUACUGAUUCCGAUCUUGACGAUCCUAUUUUCGAUGGUGUUGACGAAACCGAUGACGGAGAAAGCGACGGCGACGGCGACGAAGACGACAGCGACGAAGACGACACAACCGACACUGAGUACAGCGAUGUUGCCAACGAAGACGUUGAGAUGCUUCCGCCCGAACCAGACCCCUACCAGCCGACUGCUACAAUGGAACAAGACGAAGACAAAGAUAUCAUCCGCCUACAUAAAGCAUUAUGUUAUGAAGAUAUCGUCCUCUGGAUCGUCAGGGACCCAAACAAGGGAGGAAGAGACGUGCUAGCUAUGGAGGUGUUCUUUCGCCACCAUAAAGGCGUAGAUAAUAAGCCUAAACCGACAAUUUUUUUAUUCCGUGAGAACCCGCUGCCCAUUCUCUGCCCGAUCAGCCAUAUCUUGGCACGAGCCAUCCGUGACGAUGCAGUUGAUGUCGGCGGCUUCUCUCACGCGGCGCCCUUUUUUUCUACCAAGAUUGGGAGGGCUGCCACCAAGGUAAACUGGAAGACGUCGAUGCUAAAAACUCCCAUUUUUCGACGAUCGGUACGAACCACGGCAGGGGCUUGGGAGAAGUCUACAACGGACCCUAUGAAAUACUCCGCCUACGCGUUCUACCUUGACAGAAUCGGAUCGGAUUUGGGCUCUGAGGAUAAAUGGACGUCGUACUGUAUGCGCCGCGGCAAUGCGAAUGCCCUUCUAAAGGUCGCACCGAAUCCUGUCGUGGACCAGGUCAUGCGGCACGACCCGAUGACUGGGUGCUUGGCCAACGCUUACCUCAACCGGCGAGUCGGGUUCAACACGCAAGAUGCGUAUCUUGAAAGAGACCCAUCCGCGGAUGGGCUGACCAAGGCAUUCUCACAUAUGAGCAUUCGAUGUAAUCCUGAAGUUCCCCGCGAAAUCCCUAAAGCAGAGCUAGCCAAGCUUCCGCCUGACCCAGAGGUAGUGGAGCUGACGAGGGAGGUGAAGCAAACAGCGAUCAGACUUCGGCAGCAAUAUGGAUUCAUCAAGUCGGCACCAGUAGAUGAAAAGGUCAAGUACCAGAGACGCCGCUGCGAUUUGCGAAAUGCGGAAAAGACUUUUAAGGAAGAUAUGACAAAAGAAUACCAGGAGGCCUAUCGUCGACGGAUGCACAACGAAGAGCUAGAGAGGCAACUGAGUGGAACGGCCGUUGAAGAAAAGGCUGAGCCCUCUGUUGAGCACCAACUCCCCGAGAGAACCUACUUGCAGCCCAUUCUUUGUGAUUUCAGCACGGACAUGGGUUUUGAAGAGAUGACAGGCCGCAAAAUUCGUGCCAUAGAUGGAAUGGUUCGUCUCGCCCGCUGCCGCGAGGGUCAUCCCCGUGCCUUUGUCGAUUUUGAUGCCUCCCGCUACGGCUUCCGCUUCGCUCGAGGAAAAGCCCGCGCAGGCAGCCGGUACCGUCUCGGCAGAGAUACCAAUGUCGAGAUUGAUGAACGCGGUGCUGUUGAGCGACUCGACGGGCUCACGAAUGCUAUCACGAAGCUAGAUGAAAUGCGAGAGCCGCCCGACGAAUUCCACGAGGCAACGUCGAAACUUUCCCGCACGCAGCCAAGGUCCUGCGGUUCCUGGAGAUAG